CGCCGCCGCCACCACCACCACCACGUAGUUGGCGUUAUUGGGGGGGUGGGUUUCAGGCAAGUGAUGCGAUCAGGAGCUUGUGCUUCUCAGCAGACCCUCACCCCGGAGGCUGCUUCGGUUCUGAAGCAUUCCCUUUCCUUAGCCGCCCGUCGCGGCCAUUCCCAUGUAACCCCUCUCCAUGUAGCCUCCACUCUCCUCUCCUCCAACCCCUCCACGCUCACCCUCUUCCGCCGCGCCUGUCUCAAAUCCCACCCCCCUCACCCUCUCCAAUCCAGAGCCCUCGAGCUCUGUUUCAAUGUCGCCCUCAACCGCCUCCCUACUUCCCCUCCUCUCCUCCACUCCCCUUCCCUCUCCAACGCCCUCAUCGCUGCCCUCAAGCGCGCCCAAGCCCACCAACGCCGAGGCUCCCUCGACCACCAACACCAACAACCCACCCACCAACACCCUCUUCUCGCCAUCAAAGUGGAGCUCCAGCAUCUUGUCAUCUCAAUUCUGGACGACCCAAGUGUCAGCCGUGUCAUGAGAGAGGCGGGUUUCUCUAGCACUGCCGUUAAAAACAACAUCGAAGACUACACCAAUCAUACUAACCCCACUUUCUUCUCUCCUCAAACCUCCCCACUAUUCUUCUUCCCUUCUGCUCCUUCUUCUGCUUCCAUUUCUAACACUGAUAAUGCAAGUAAGUUUGUGUUUGAGGCUUUCUUGGGAAUGAGGAAGAGGAGGAAUGUGGUUGUGGUUGGGGACUCCAUUGGAGGGACUGAAGGGGUUGUGUUGGAGGUUAUGAGGAAGUUCAAAACAGGGGAGGUGCCAGAGGAGAUGAAAGGGGUCAAGUUCGUGGAGUUUCUCCCAUUCAUGGGGAUGCUGAUGGCUGGGAAUCAUAACAAUAAAAGCAACUUAUGUGAGGUAUUGAGAAGGAAGUUGGGGGAAGAUAGUGGCAAUGGUGGGAGAGGAGGAGGAGGAGGAGGAGCUGUGGUUUAUGUUGGGGAUUUGAAGUGGGUUGUGGAGAGGGAUAGUAAGGAAGUGGAUGGGUUGAUUGGGGAGAUUGAGAGAUUGUUGGUGGGGGGUUUUGAUGAUCAUAAUCCUAAGAAUAAGGUUAAGAUUUGGGUUAUGGGUGUGGUUACUUAUCAGAAUUACAUGAGAUGUCAAAUGAGACAGCCUCCUCUUGAAACUCAGUGGGAUCUUCAUGUUCUUCCUGUUCCUUCCUCUUCUUCUCUUGCCUUAUCUUUCCAUGCUUCUAGUGCUUAUGAUUCAAGGCUGAGCUUCUUCUCUCAACCCAUGGAAACAAAGCCAUUCAUCGCCAAAGAAGAACAUGAACACCUUACUUGCUGCGCAGAGUGCACUACAAAUUUCGAAAAUGAAGUCCAACACUUGAAAUCUUUCCACUCCAAACAAGUUCCCUCUUGGCUACAACACUAUAACUCCAACCAAUCCCUUUCAAAGGACGAGUUGGUGGAAUUGAAGAGAAAAUGGAACAAAUUAUGUAGCAGCCUUCACAGAGAUGGCUCUGUUCAGAGCUUAGCAGGGAAAAGCUUCUCAUGUUCUUCUUCUUCUUCAUCAUAUCCAUGGUGGCCGAAGUUUCAUGAAUCAAACUCUAGUAUUUCAUUCACGGCUCAUCAAACACCAAAGGCAUUGCAGAGUUCUAGCUUUGUUCCUCGAUUCAGACGGCAACAAUCAUGCACCACAACAAUCGAGUUUGAUUUUGGAAAUGCUGCAACAAAACAUGAACAGAGUCGUGAACCAUGCUUGCAUUCUCUCAAACACAUGGUGGGCAAGGAAGUGAAGAUCACUUUAGCGCUGGGGAAUUCUCUUUUUUGUGAUUCUUCAGCGGAAUCCAUGGAAAUUGAAAGCGAAAGAAAGAGCCAACGAGGAGAGAUUUUGAAGAUUCUGCAAGAGAAUGUGCCAUGGCAAUUAGAAUCGAUUCCUUGUAUAGCAGAAGCAGUGAUUUCCGCGAAGAACGAUGAGAAAUCCAUCCAAUGGGUUUUGAUGGAAGGAAAUGAUUUCAUUGGAAAAAGAAAGAUGGGUGUAGCAAUUGCAGAAUCCGUAUUUGGGUCGGUCGAUUUUCUCUUGAAUUUGAAUGCUAAAAGCGAAGAUAUGGAGAUUUCUAGAUCUGAAACGCUGGAAAAGGCAUUGAAAUCGAACAGAGAACUUGUAGUUCUUGUGGAAGAUGUGGAUAUGGCGGAUUCCCAGUUCAUGAAACUCCUCGAAGAUGGAUUUCAGAGCGGGAAAUUUGGAGAAGUGAAAGAAGAAAGCAUCAAAAAAGUGAUAUUCAUUUUAACAAAAGGCGAUUCCUCUGACAAAAUGAAGAACAGAGCAUCUUCUUCAUCAUCAUCUUCCGUAAUCGAGAUGACGCUAAAGAUCGAAGCUAGAGAAGAACACAAUCCAGAUCACAAGCGAAAAUCAGAAUGGGAAAUCGAAAACAAAUCAAAAAACCAAAGAACCAACGCAGCAUUGGAAAUCAAGAAUCAAAAGAACAGAACAGAUUUCAGGGAUCAAUCAAGCAUCAAGAACACCCUAGAUCUAAACAUCAAAGCGAUUGAAGAAGAAGAAGAAGUACCGAAUGGAGAGAUAAGUCCAACAUCGAGCGAUCUAACGCGGGAAACGGCGAUUCCAAAUGGGUUUCUGGAAUCGAUCACGAAUCGGUUCAUCCUGAACAGAAAAUCAAAGCAAGAAUCAGAAAUAAGAGAGGAAUUGAGGGGGGAAAUGGGAGAGGCAUACAACAAAGAGAAGUGUAAAAAGGGAAAGGAAUGGAAAUGGGAUAGUAGAUUUAGAGUGGAAGAGGGGGUUUUAGAGAGGAUUAUAGAAGGAUUUGGUUCAUUUUCUAAGAGAACGUUUGAAAAAUGGGUGAAGGAGAUUUUUCAAACGAGCUUGGAAAGUGGUAGAUAUGGCGGGAAGGGUAUAGAUAUAAGGCUGUGUUUGGAACAAAAACACGUUUUGGAGGAAGAAGAAGAAGAUGAUGAUGAUGAUAAUGAUGGGUAUAUGGGUUCUUGUCUCCCUAAAAAAAUCAAAGUUUCUUCUAUUAUGACCUGAAAAUGGUCUCUGUAAAAUUCUCACUUUUCUUAAUACCAUUCUCACUUUCUUCA